AUGAACUACUAUCCGACAUCUGGCUACACUGCCUUCUGUCCGUCAGCCCCGGAGGCAAGAGUCCCUAUCAUUCCUGACUAUCCACAACACGGAUACGGGCGCGAAGCUGAGUGGGGAAGGAAUCAGGUUUACCCCAGAGACUACGCCAAUUCUUCAGCUGGCGCUAAUCAAUCCUCAAUCGUACCGUUCAUACCUCCUGAGUAUACACCAGAGGAGCGAGGUCAAGGACUACAUGGAGCAUCGCGUUAUCCUCAUUUCUACCCUCAAGAAUCAUACUCCCCCUAUUCGCAGACGCGAGAACCACCCGUGUAUGUACUCCGAAACUUCGUAGCAAGCGACCUGAGAACUGAUACCUCUGAGCUAGAAUUCCACCAUAUACAUGGUCCGACGACCAGUCCUCGACCGACGAUGAUUCGGUGUCUGACACCGGGGGUGCCUGGGAUGAGGCAUCCGUUGUGUGCGCAGACUGUGGCACACCUCCAGGACAUAUCCACCUUUGGCGAUGCGUCUAUUGGCUUAGGCAGGCGAAUCGCACAACGGAGGGCAGUCGAAGGAAAGAGGAGAGGAGCAACGCGCAGCGCCCGACCCGCGAGACUCGGGCUCGACGGACUGCGCCCUGCAGCCGCAGGGAUCACGACUGGGGAGUGGGAGUAA